UGUUUAUCGUCAAAAUCAAUGAUUGAAAAUAUAGAAAAGUUCCUUCUUCACUAGCUGAGUAUUUUUUUGUGAUUUUGUUAGCAAAACAAAAGCAAGCAAAGCAAAUUCAAAUAUUACGAAACAUUAGAGCAUCAAUAUUAUCAGGAAGAUAAUUGUACUUAAGGGCAUCUGAGAGAGAGGAUGGCUUCCGCUUCGAGCAGCAGCGCCAAGAACCUGUUCAGCGAUUCCAAGCGCCGUCUGGCCGAACGGGUCGCAGUCAACGUGAACAAUGCCUCGUCAGUGGCCCGGCAAAUCGUCCGCGGUUCCAAAUCGAACGAGAUUCUUAUGCAGGCGGCCAAAAACUUUGCCUACCACGAGAGCACCGUCGACAACAGCAUCCAAAAUCUGAAGAAGAUGGAAAUAAUCUUCCAGCAUCUGAACUACCAGUACGAGGCCAUCCAGCAGGCAGCGGACAAGCUGGAGUACGUGGAAGAGCAGGUGGAUGCCAUGGAAAGAUGAUCCGGGUCGGUUCCGGGCGCCGGAGGAUCCUACUACUGACUGAUGACGACGAUCAUCAAGUUUGGUAAACAGUGGCGCUAGUGGCGGCAGCAAGCGGUGAGCACUGGAAACCAUUGGUUUUGUCAUUGAUUGAAACGUCAAAAAUUUCCGCCAAAAACAUCGUUUCUCCUUUAUUUACAAUCUGCUUCAGAGCUGGUUUUUUGAAUUUUGCAAUCAUUUUCGUGAAAUUACCUUGAUUUUGCAAUAAAUUGCUAGUGAUUGUUGUUGGCAAGCCAA